GCUCCACUUGUGGCAUUGAACAAUUCCGUUGCGGCAAUGGCAAAUGCAUACCCAACAGAUGGCGCUGUGACAAUGAAAAGGAUUGUGCCGAUGGCUCCGAUGAAUUUUCAUCAUUGUGCAUGGUCUUCUGCAAACCAUAUGAAGUCACCUGCAGCAAUGGCGAACAAUGUGUUCCCCAGAGUUGGUGGUGCGAUGGUAGUCCGGAUUGUCGCGAUAAAUCGGAUGAAGCUAAUUGUCCCUACCCGGCCUACCCACCCUACCAACCUCCACAACCGCCUGUGCACAUUAACAAAGAGUUAAGCUUUAGUAAACAACAGCAACAACAACAACAUCACGAACAUUGUUAA